AUGAGCAGUAGGCUGUUGAUGGCAUGUGUGGAUGGACAGGCAGCAGUCUGCCCCCAUUCAGAGGAGUCUGUGCCUGUCGGAUAGAGCAGACCUCAGACAUGGUGUAGGAUAUCAGGAAAGGAACAAGCGAUUGAAGUUGAGACGAGGCCUGUGCUGAGGCUGGAGGGGAGUGUGAAGGAUUGACGGUAACCGUGGAUCGGGCACAGGCAGGCGGAGGCCCCCCAUGGAGAAGGAGGAGCAGGGAAGCAUGGCCUCUAGUGCCAAUGCCACCAUCCCCAGCACCACCUCAGUCUCCACUGGCAGCAACACUACAACAAAUGCCUUCAGCAGACAGCAGGCUGUGCCUCAGAUAUCAGUAUAUGGAGGAAUCACAGACAGACAGACUGUUCAGGUCAUCCAGCAGGCCUUGAACAGGCAGCCCAGCACAGCGGCAGCUCAGUAUCUACAGCAGAUGUAUGCAGCUCAACAACAACACCUCAUGCUACAGACCGCAGCACUACAGCAACAGCACCUGAGCCUGGCUGCAGUGCAGCAGGCUAGUAUAGUGGCAGGAAGACAAAGCUGUAGUCAGAAUGGCACUACAUCCCAGCAGACUGUGGCCUCCCAAACCACUAUAAACCUUGCCACAUCCCCAGCGGCAGCUCAUUUGAUCAGUCGAGCCCAUAGCGGGAGCUCUGUUCCAGUCUGCAUUGCCCAGCAGGCCGUGCUGCUGGGAAACUCCUCCACACCCACACUCACCGCCAGCCAAGCACAGAUGUAUUUACGAGCUCAGAUGGCACAGCAAACCAAUCUUGUGCACGUAGCAAGGAGUCUAGGACGAGCUGUUCCUUUGUCCCCUCAGCUUAUCUUCACCCCAACUGCCUCAGUUACCGCAGUUCAGCCGGAGACCUCUGCGCUGUCAAUCAACACGCCACCCACCAGCGGACAGGUGCAGAACUUGGCUCUUCGUGGCCAGCAGGGGGCACUGACUUCCUCCCUCUCUCAGUCUCAGUUACAGAGCCUGAGUGUGAAACAGUGCCCCGGGGCAUCAGCGCAGCUCUCUGUGACUAGCCAACCAGUGGCCCGAUUCAAGAGUCCUGGAGCGGAGCCGAACUCUCAGGGAGCUGCAGCGAAGAGCAGUCCUGCAGACACGUCCUCAGAGACUAUGGGAAAAAAUGACAAAACCAGUGACCUCACAACUAGGCAGCUUAAUGUGUGUCCCAAUGUGACCUCGGUGGCGGGCCAUCCUCUCAUCAGCACAGCAUAUACCCAAAUUCAGACCCAUCAGCUGCUCCAGCAGCACAAGCAGCAGUUUGUGAUACAGCAGCAGCCUCAUAUACUGCAGAGAGGUCAAGCGCAGCUCUUAGAGGCUGCCGCCAUUCAUCCUCACACAGUGCAAGCUGUAGCCAUUCAGCCUGCCCUGCCAGCUCAGCCUCAGCAGUGCCCUAUCCCUCUGCUGCCCAAAGUGCCUGUUACCUGCCAACAAGCAACCAUCUUCCAUUCUACUUCUGUGAGUCAGCAGGCCCUUGCCCAGAAUGGACAGCCACCCAUGCUGAGCCACAGUAAAGCAGCACCUCUACAGCUUACCGCAGUUAAUGUCCAGAUCCAGCCAGUUCAAACUCAACUGGAAGUAACCACACAGGAUGUGUCCGAUAAGGACACCACUGCUCCUCUCGAACCGCAGCUGCUAUCCAUACCAACACAAGUGCCAACCCAGACAGAACAAUGCCAAUCGGUCAAACAAUUUCAACAAAGCCAAGUGACAGAAAACACAGAAGGCAGAGUGAAUGUGAAGGCAGGUGUGGGUUCACUUCCAGCCAUGACCUCGGGCAGCGGCAACAAUACGCCCACGGUGACCGGCAGCGCUCCGCAAAAUGGCGAGAGUAAACCGCCGCCACAGGCGGUAGUGAAGCCCCAGAUCCUCACGCAUGUCAUCGAGGGAUUCGUGAUUCAGGAGGGUGCUGAGCCUUUUCCAGUUGAACGUCCGUCCUUGUUGAUUGAGAAUUUAAAGAAGCAGAAGCAGCAUCAGGCUUAUUCAGACCUAGAUAAGAGGUCUCAGACCUUUCAAAAUGCCGACUCUGAGAUGGAGGAUCUUUCACAGCAAGAGCUGAAUAAUCAGAACGCUGAGCCAAUGCUGUCAUGUGAAUUCUGUGGGACUGUAGACUUCGCAUAUAACUUCAAGAGAUCCAAGAGGUUUUGUUCUACGGUGUGUGCAAAGAGGUAUAAUGUUGGAUGCACAAAGCGGAUGGGACUUUUCCCAAGAAAAUCAACCUCAGAGAACCCAAAGAAACAGAAAGCCUCCAACGCCAAUCAUCAUAACAGCAGCAUGGAUGUCAGGAAACGGAAUCCUAGUGCUCAAACAACCAUGGCAGCAUCUUUGUUAUCCCCACACCCCUCUCAUCCAAGUCACGGUGAGUCCAGCCAGUGCUCAGACAUGUCCAGCUUUGAAGAGCCCAUUUCGCCACUGUCCAACUCCAGCUUUGGAGUCCAAAGGCUUCAGAACGAGGAAAGAUUUGAUCACAGUAGAGCGCUCCCUCUCCUGACGCAGCACUUCCUGGCCAGCAACCCCUCCAAGUGGAAUGUCAAGGACGUCUAUGAAUUCAUCUGCUCUCUGCCAGGCUGCCAGGAGAUCGCUGAAGAGUUCCGAUCUCAGGAGAUCGAUGGCCAAGCCUUGAUGCUCCUCAAAGAGGAUCAUCUCAUGAGCACCAUGAACAUCAAACUGGGCCCAGCUCUGAAAAUCUUUGCCCGCAUCAGUAUGCUCAAGGACUCGUAGCCUUUCUCACAGCCUUAUCUAGCUUGGAAAGGACAUCCUAACAGCUCUGCACUGGUUUCCUCAUCCCGUUGUGGCUUUGGGUCCUGGGGAUUGCUGCUCCUCAAAACCACAAACUUGUGUAUAGUUCUCGUCACAGUCAAAUGGUUUCAUUCCUAAAGCAUGAUGAUGUGACUUGAUUACGAAUUUCUCGUGUAUUCAGCUGUGCCAGGCCUGGGAGGGGGCAACAAUCCAUCAUGUCAAGAAGACAAGCACAAGUACUUUUCCAUUUGUGCAAACAAAUGUUCAUCAUAUGGUAGCAUGGAAGCAGGUUUACAGUUUUUUUUCACUGUUUUGUAAUGGACUUUGUGAUUUGUCUGUCAUAAAGUGACAUUGUUGUAGUUCUGGUUCUCAUUGUCACAGUUUGGUUAGCUAAGGAAAAAUUGUGUACCUUUAGCCUUGCAGUGUGCCAACAUUUGUAGGUAGUAAACUGUUCAGGUUUCUUCAUCUCACAGGAUGUUCCUCAAAACAAUUACAUCAGAUUUUGUACUCAAAUGAGGCAUUUUGACACAGGGAUAACGGGAAUUAAAACUCUGACUCUCCAAGACGUGCCUAAUAUUUUCUAAAUAGCCCAAAGAUUACACAAAUGUUCAUGUUUUUAGUUCAAGUGAAAGCAGCAUUUCCAAAACUCAUUUCCCAGCAUUCAUGUUUAAGGACUAAUAUCACUCUACAUUUAAGUUCACAACCCAUCUUGGUAUGAUCUAAUAAACUGGGAUUUUUCAUAAAUCACUGUUAUCCCAACCAUCAAUGUGUGCACUCAUGUUUGGAAAGCUAGUGCAGCUUGUGUCUCUAUUUUUACAUUCAUCAUUUGAUCAAAAUUCUGUAUUUAUUGAGAGCAAGUCUCUGAUUCUGUUUUAUAUUUGAAAAUAAAACUCAGAAAACAUUGAAGAUGUCA